CUCUUGAAUUGACUGACUUUCUUGUUAUCCCUCUGCAUGCAUUUUGCUGCUCUGUGUGUCAGACAGACGGCUCGGUAUUUAAAUGAAGCGCAGAGGAGGAGCUGCCUUCAGUGGCCCCACGAAGUAACUUCCCUGUCAGUUGAGAAAGCGACAACAAGGUGAAGUCAAGGCUGGCAGCAUCGGACCAUCGUGCCCUUGCAGACUGACAGAACCAGAUUAUUCACUUCGUGGAUUUUUUUUUUUUUUGUGUGUGUUUGUGUUAAAAGAAUUGGCCGGACUUUGAUGAUACACGUGUGUGUGCGUAAAAGGGACAUUUUUUUGUUGUUGGAAACUAUGGAUUGGGUUGUUGUUGGAGAGCCCAGAGAACGCGCAUUAAUGGAAAGUGACACAACUUUGGAAGUGAAAGAGGAACCUCUGCUUGGUGUGAAUCAGUAAAAAAAAAUUAAUAAAAAUAAUUUCCUGCAGACAUGAACUCCACGGAAUCCCCGCGGGCGGCUAAUCCGCCCACCAUCCCGGUGAUCAUGUUCAUUUUCGGGGUGGUGGGGAACGUAAUCGCUAUUGUUGUUCUACGGAUAUCACGGAAGGAACAAAAGGAGACCACAUUUUACACGCUCGUGUGUGGCCUGGCGGUGACAGACCUUCUAGGUACCCUGCUGGCCAGCCCCGUCACUAUCGCCACCUACGUGAAGGGCGCGUGGCCAGGCGGGGAUCCGCUGUGCCAGUACUCCGGCUUCAUCCUGCUCUUCUUCUUCUUGGUCCAGCUCAGCAUCGUGUUUGCGAUGUCGAUGGAGAGAUUUCUGGCGAUUAACCACGCGUAUUUCUACAACGAGUAUGUCAACCAAAAGCUCGCUGCCAUUACUCUUUUGGGCAUUUACAUCUCCAACAUGGUGUUCUGCGCGAUGCCCAGCGUGGGGAUCGGAGAGGUGAAGCCGCAGAACCCUGGGACCUGGUGCUUCAUAGACUGGAAGAACAAUGACACAGCAGUGGAGACUUUCAAUCUGAUGUACGCAGGUGUGAAUUCUGUCAUUGUACUCGCCACCGUCAUAUGCAACGUGAUGGUGUGCGGGGCUCUGAUCCUGAUGCACAAGCGCUUCCUCCGGCGCACGUCUUUGGGCACAGACCAAAGGCGCAUCGCGGAGUUCAGGCGCAGGCGGAGCUUUCGACGUUUAGCUGCUGCAGAGAUCCAGAUGGUGAUCCUGCUUAUUGCUACCUCAGCUGUGGUUCUCAUCUGCUCCAUACCUUUAGUGUUGAGGAUCUUUGUGAAUCAGCUGUACACAAACCAGAAAGAAGAGCUUAAUGGGUUGAACAAAGACCUGCUGGCUAUCCGCAUGGCCUCUGUCAACCCCAUCUUGGACCCUUGGAUCUACAUCCUGCUCAGAAAGACAGUUGUCCUCAAGUUGAUGGAAAAAAUUAAGUACCUGUUCUGCAAAAUGGGAGGGCGAGGCGGAAGGAACGGCGGGCAGUUCCGCUGUGCCGACGGACGCUUCUCCUCCUCCAUCGUCUCCAGGGAAUCUCCAUCCCUGGUUUCGCGUGAAAUGCAGGAAAUAGUGCACACAUCGCAGACUCUCCUGUACCCGUCCGAGGGAAACAUCUCCAGGGGUCUGGGGUCCUUUCAAGCGGGGGAACGGGAUGCACAGACAUUACAGGGCACCCCGAGGGUUGAAGAACCUCAGAUGGGGCUUUUGCAGAGUGAUUUAGAGGACACAAAACCAGGAAGGACACUUGAAGAGCUUCCAGUGUGCAACAAGGACCCAGCUUUGCACGUGACCUUUACAGACGAGACUGCAAACACACUAGAGAAAUGUAUAUAACAGUUUGCAUUUUCUCCUGAAGAAUUUUUCACUGUAAGAAAAGAUUCUGUGGACAAAUAGGAACUAAUGAUCAAACUGCAAAGACAUGAGACUAAAGGACAAGAGUCUAAAGACUGAAUACUUAUCCAUUUGUGGAUAUCUAUUGGACGACUGAUCAUAAGCAUUUGCAAUGUGUUACUCCUCCAUAAUCACUAACUACAAAAACCACAUCUGUAAAAUAUCUCACAAUCACAACUUUUAAAAAAACAACACAAAACAAUAUGAUGUUGUAGAUGAGCCUUUAUCUUGCACUUUUUUGAAUUCUAAAACCACUGCUAGAUUGUCUGCAAUGUUUCUUUCGUAGCCCUUUGACAACUGCGCGCCUGACUGUAAAGAAUUCUUCUUAAAAUGUGAAGCAUGAUGUUAAUUUAUUCUAAUAUCUUCUCUGUGAGAAAGUCCAGAUAGUGUGGAGCCAUUUUCAAUUGGUACAAGAUGAAUGUGUUUAUAGUGUUCUCUUUUAGUUGUUCGUUUGUUUUUGGUACAAAGAAACAUUUGUAACUAAUUAGGGUCAAACUGGUUCACAGAGCAGCUCUGCCAUCAAAGCUAGAGUCAUGCUAUCCCCUGCAUUUCAAAAUAAGAGGCAGCUAUACUUUGGCUUUUUCACAAUACAGAGACUGGAGGACAUCCCAGAGUAUUGUGUUAACAUUAAAGUGUUCAGCUGAUCUUUUCUGGCCAUUACUAGUUAAGGGUUAAUCCAACAGCUCAUUUCACAUUCCUCUUAUGUAAUCAGAAUGAAUAGUGCAGUUAAACAGGUGAAUUAAAAUGAGCUACAGUGUAAAGUUGUAUCAAAGAUGUCCUGGUCAACACUCCAUUAAUACUACUAUUAGUACUAUACUAAUGUAUUUUACUGUGCUGUAGCAAUAACUGGUGUUACAUUAACUAAAACAUCUGUGCACUAUUAUUGUACCAAAAUUCAUCUGAAAAGUGAACAUUAAAGUUGGUGAAAAUUCA